CAAAACUGCAUGGCGCUUGGUCUAUCUGCACAGGCACACCAUUGCGGAAGUGAGUGAACAAAAAGCGCAGCGAGGAAAGAGUUCCUGAGUUCCUGUGCAUGCAAGCAAGGUCGAGUUUGCAGCAAAAUUGAUGGAGAGCACAGCAAUAGUUAGCAGUUUGAGAAGGAAGGAAGCAGUCAAUCAAUUCAAUCAAUAGCAUCGUCCAUAGGGUAGCGCCAUGUCUACCACUACGAAUACAACACAUCCAAUAGACGACAGCAGCCACACCAACGAUUGUGGGUUUGACCACCACCACAGUAACGAUAACGACGAUGGUCCCAUUUGGUAUUUUGGCUACGGCCCAAUAGUGCACCCGUCCGUACGACAACGAAGGGGUAUUCGUGUGACAGACGAACAACCCGCCGUAUUACGAGAUCAUCGACUCACGUUUGCAUUCGGGGGAAUCGCUAGCUUGGUGGCUCAGACUGGCUAUGAUAUUCACGGCAUUGUCAUGCGAUGUGAGACCGAGAGUGAUUGGGAAAAGCUGAAAGAGCAAGAGGCAGGGUUCCAUGCCGCCCCAGUAAACGUACAUCCCUACCGAAGAGUGGCCAAUUUCGCCUACGACUCGGAAGUCUGUCCAUUAUCGCCCGAACUAGAUGACAACGACGAUGAUGAUGACGAUGAGGAUUCUAUAGUACCUCCGAUUAAAGCAUACGCUUUUGUGAUGGACGAGUUUGACAAGGACAAACUGGAUCGACCCAUUGAAAAGCUUCCGCAAGAACGUUAUCUACGACUGAUAGCUGCUGGAAUGUACAAAUACAAUGGAGACGAAGACUACAUUGAAAGUGAAAUCAUGGGAGUGCCAUUCUCUCCGUCACGAAAACCACAUGAAUACCUGACGUUCCCCAACUGGAAUCACAACAACGAGCAAACCAAGGGGACUGUCGUCUAUUCCGCAGCCGACAAGACGCUACCUUCAAUUACCUAUUCCCGAUACAAAGACUUCUGCCGCCAGACGGCCUUUUUAAUGAUGGGAGAUGGCUUGAACAAUGCAUCCGUCGCAUCGGUGCAGUCGGCUUCCACAUCGUCGGGGGAUUCGCCACAGUACACAUCGCUCUGCUUCAUUGUGGGCAACCACGUCGUUUGGGUGCCACAGCAUGAUCCCAAACAUGCCGGUGCUCGAUGGCUGCGCAAGUACGGAUUCGCCAAAGAAGAUGUCAGCUACAUGCUGCACACCUUUGUCAUUGAUCCCGAUAUACCCUACUGCGAAACACCCGCACAAGUAUCGCCGCCGGUACAAAACUGGGCCGAAAACCAAUUGGUGAUAUCGGUCGCACAAGGGCUCGAUGCCUAUCGUACCUUGAAACUGGUGGAGGAUUCCGCCGAGGAAAGUCCGGAUAUUGAAAGCGUCUUGGCGCGCCUCUUGCAGUCGACACAACCUGGAAUGCUAACAGUCGCAAGUAGUGUGACGUCCAUGGACUCGGCCACUAGUUCUCCGCGACCUCGAGGCCGCACACGUCAAAUGGCGGGCAGUCUGAUACAGAAUGCCUUUCGGCGUGCCGGCAAUCGAAUGAGGACGAGUACGACCAAUAGUCAUAGCAGCAGCGUCACUGACAGCAGCACGACCCCCGCCCAAAAGCAACCAGACAAGAGCGCCAGUCUAUCACCCACACGGCGACAGGGAAGACGGCGGAGGUGGUCGUUGCAAAUGAGAAAAUCUCCGGCGGCAUAGCUGUUCUUCGAUUGCAAAGUCAUCUUGAUGAAGCAAGGUGAUAUGAAUUGGUUCCACAAGCCGCUCGGUGGACUGCCUAGACGAUUUGGUACGAGCAGGAUCAAGACUAUUUGGUUUCGGAUGUAGCUGUUCGUUCCGAUGAGCAAGCCAGAUGAGCAUUCACCUACGAGUGCUGCUUCUACUAGGUAAUCACGCACAGUUGCAUGCGGACAGCUUUGGUUCGACACCAGCACUAAGCGGCCAUACCGUACCGGUACUCCACUUGCCCAUCACCAAUCUAUUGGGACCAUUCCUUGUACGGUAGUGGUGACGGGGCGGAAACCAAGUCAAUUCUUGUCAAGACGAGGAAUGCUUUUGCUUCGAGUAUACUACACCGGUAAGCCGGACCGUCUGUUGGGAUCUGAAGGAUGUGGAUGCUGCCACCCGGCCUCGUUUAGCCCAGGUCAAGACCCAGUAAAUCGCUACUAGCUAUUGCCAUUUUAAGCUUCAAAGCCCGUGUCACUGAUUUCCCUAUACCGGCACCUGUUUUCACUAGAACUCCAUCCGCCAUGGGCGUUUUCUUGGAUGCUUUGACUGCUCGUACCGUAUGACUGCAAAAACAGUCGUGCAGUCAGCGUUUUAGCUCUUAAACCAUCGUCGUCUUUGGUGGAGACCCCCUUUUCUAACUGUUCAUUGCCAGGGAUCAUGCUGUCUCUCUUUGGCUACCAGCGCCAUAGCACAGUUUGAAAGACCGCAAAGCUUUUUUCAUGACUUCGUUGCCUGAGCGGCCUUCCUGCGAUAAACCAAGUGUGUACGUAACGUUAUCCUUAAAAUACUUAACUAGCUAAUGAGGUGCUGCUGUAGAAUAAUGGUUGAAAACACGUGAU